AUGAAAUUCUCCCACUCGGUACCGAUUCCCUCGACUCGCGUUGACUUUCCGAGACUUAACCAUACUUUUCCCCUCUCCAAACGCAACGUCUCUUCAGGCGACAACACCACACCGGGAGCAGCAGCCUGCGCAUUCACCGCGGUCCGCCAUCUUUCGCCCUUCAUCGAUGCGAACCUACCCAUCGCGACCGUGAGAAUGCGCGCUCGUUCAUCGCCGCCUCCGCCCCCGGCGGUGCGCCGGGCCCUGAUGCCGACGCUCCUCGCCGCUCUGUGCCUCUUCGUCGGCUCGGCCUCAGGCGCGCUCACGGGAACCGGCGGCAUCUGUUUCGACUCAUGUACAUACACCCUCCGCGCCCCGCGCUUCAACGACACGCAGUCGUACAACGGCACCAUGCCGGCGAAGUCGAAGCUCAUCGCCUCGUGCGAGAGCCGCCUGCACAUUGAGUCGCUGUACCUUUGUGCCGACCUGCACUGCGACCUGACUCACCGCGUCGCCGGCCUGAGUGACCUCAACCACACCUGCCAGACGUACAUGAACACGUCGCUGCCGCCGUUCGAGAUUGUCGCCCACUACUCGGAUGUGGAGAUUGCCGGCCUGAGGAGGUUGACCCAGGAGGAGGGCGUCGACAAGACCGUGUUGAACGAGGUCGUCUUGCCUGCGGAUGCUUUUUAUCAGAUUUGGUUUGAUACGCUCGAGUCUGUCGAGUACACCUACGGAUACCAUUACAGAUAUGGCUUCUACGUGAUUGUCUUUUGGUUCAUCGUAAUCGCCAUCGGGCUAGCAUCCCGUCUCGUGGCGGCCAUCGGGACCCUCCAAAAGCAGGAGUACGCUCCCCGGACGACGCGCGGCAUCUACCGCUCGUGUGCCGUGUGGCUCAAGCGCUACAUCACCGUCCCCGCUACUUUCGGCUACCGCUGUUCGCAGAAUCUCGGCUGGUGCACGAUCCCGCCUCGGAUCCAGAGUCUCACCAUCUUUGCCUUCAUUGCCGUGAACGCCUUCUUCUGUAUUCACGGCUACAUUGUGUUUCCCGGCCACAUGUACUGGCCCCUCGUCUAUCAUCAGUGGUGGCGUUACGUCGCCGACAGAACCGGCAUCAUCUCUUUCGCCAACUUCCCCAUCAUCUGGCUGUUCGGCAUGCGGAACAACUUGCUCAUGUGGCUGACUGGCUGGGAUUUUGGAACGUACAACAACUUCCACCGCUGGGUUGCCCGUGUGGCGACGCUCCAAGCCGUGAUCCACUCCGUCGGCUAUGUCGUUCUCGUCUUUGACGACGGCGGCUGGUUCUACUUCAUGUCAUACUGGAAAAUGAUGUUCUGGUGGGCGGGCUGGGCUGCAACGCUCGGCAUGGUCGGUCUUCUCGUGGCGUCGGUGUUCUGGAUGCGGCGGAAGCAGUACGAGCUGUUUCUCAUCCUUCACAUCCUCCUCUCUAUUCUGACCCUGAUAACCAUGCUUGGUCACGUCUCCAUCAUCCCCAACACGUAUGAUAUCUUGUUCUGGGUGCCCUUUUACAUCUGGAUUGCCGACCGGGUGCUGCGCAUGUCGAGGACGCUCUCCUUCAACCUCCGCUUCUGGAACACAUUCGCCCUUGCGAGCUACGACGCAAGCUCCAACAUCGUCCGCCUCAGCGUCCCUUACUCCACCAGCUUCUACGAGCCGAAGCCUGGCACGUACUAUUACCUCCACGUCCUCAGCGACAAGUGCUUCUGGGAGAGCCACCCGUUCACCAUGGCCUGCACGACGACGAACAUGCACGUCCGGAGGAAGUCGUCCUGUGAGGAGACGCCGCUGCUCGUCGCCGGAGAGCAGGACCAAGAACCCAUGUCGGAGGUCACCUACGAGCCGAAGCGAGGCGAGCCCACAAUGACGUUUCUCAUCCGACCCUACGACAGCUUCACGGCUCGCCUCCGCGAGGACACUGCGGCUGCGUGGCCCCAUCCCGCGCGUCUCCGUGUCCUCGUCGAAGGGCCGUAUGGGCACACGCAGCCCUUCAAUCAGUUCGACGACCUGCUGUUCAUCGUCGGAGGCAGUGGUGUCGUCGUGCCGCUCGCGCACCUCGCCGAGCUUGCCAAGGCCGAGUCGAGGGCGCGGUCGGUCAAGAUCGUCUGGGCCGUCCGCGAGCUGAGCUUCGCCGUGGACGUGCUGCGACAAGACUUCGAGGACGCCUUCGAGGGCGGGAAGCUGUCAGUCGAUGUCUACGUGACGCAGAACAGCCUCGCAUCUAACAGCGCGCGGCCGGACGACUGGCCAGAGCAGAUCCGCCUGCUGUACGGGCGACCGGACGUGCGCGAGGAGGUGCAGGACGCCGCAACGGGUGCAGGCAAGGCCAGCCUCGCCGUCGUCGCGUGCGGGCCGGCUGUCAUGGCUGACGACGCGAGAAAGUCUGUCGUCGAGAUGCUCGACCGCGGGUGGUCGGAUAUUGAGUACUUCCAGGAGAGCUUUAACUGGUAA